GGCCUCCUCGGGAUGCUGCCCGGGGCCGCGGCCGCCCUGCUGUGCGCCGCGCUCGUGCUCUACGGGCUACGGAUGGACGCAGUUUUACAAAGAGGACUGUCCCUGCCGGCAGCACGUUCCGUCGCGAGCAUGGACGAGACGGCCCUGCUGCUGAGGAGCAUCGUCCCUCCGCUGGCCGCUGGCAAGCACAAGGGGCAGGACGGAAGGAUCGGCGUGGUCGGGGGCUGCCAGGAGUACACUGGAGCUCCGUACUUCGCAGCCAUCUCAGCUCUCAAAGUGGGUGCAGACCUGUCCCACGUGUUCUGUGCCAGGGAGGCGGCGCCCGUCAUCAAGUCCUACAGCCCGGAGCUCAUCGUGCAUCCCGUCCUUGACAGCCCGAAUGCGGUGCAGGAGGUGGACAAGUGGCUGCCCCGGCUGCAUGCCCUCGUCGUGGGACCCGGCCUGGGCAGAGAGGACCGCCUGCUGGGAAAUGUCCAGGGCAUUCUGGAAGCAUCCAAGGCCAGGGGCAUCCCCGUCGUCAUUGACGCGGAUGGGCUGUGGCUGGUGGCACAGCAGCCGGCCCUUGUUCGGGGCUACCACAAGGCCCUUCUCACACCCAACCAGGCCGAGUUCAGCAGGCUGCAUGAAGCUGUGCUCGGAGGGCCGGUGGACAGCGAGGACCGUGCUGGCUCCGUGCUGAGGCUCAGCCAGGCCCUGGGCAACGUGACCGUGGUGCAGAAGGGAGAGCGUGACGUGAUCUCUGACGGGCAGCAGGUGCUCCUGUGCAGCCAUGAAGGCAGCGGCCGCAGGUGCGGGGGGCAAGGAGACCUCCUGUCCGGCUCACUGGGCGUCCUGGUGCACUGGGCUCUCCUCGCUGAACCCGAGAAAACAAAUGGCUCCAACCCGCUCCUGCUGGCUGCCCUCGGGGCCUGCACCCUCACCAGGCAGUGCAACCGCCAGGCCUUCCAGAAAUACGGCCGAUCCACCACGACCACCGACCUCAUCGCCGAGGUGGGAUCUGCCUUCAGGGCGCUCUUCGAGACCUGAGCCCAUGUGGGUGCCAGGGCUCCUGGUGGCCUAUGAGGGGCGUCAUGGGGCUGAGCCCACUGUCGCACUGGGUACAGUGUCUCAGCACAACUCACGUGACACUAACACGGACUUCCUGCAGCUGAGGGCCUGUGCCCACCCCUCCACCCAGCUGUCUGGGCACCCAGGACCCAGCAAAGGACCCCUGAGCAGGAGCAGGUGCCAGUGGUUGUGGGGGCUUCCCAAGUAUUGCAGAAUAAAUCUGAUGUGUUCUCCUGGGAA